UUAGUUCAUUAGGUUAUCUAAGCUCAUUUGUUUAUUUAGAUUCCCCUUGUGUCUUCUACCCCUGUGUUUUAGUCUCCUUUUGCCCUUUAUGUGUUUCACGCUGCGUGUCUUAUGUUGUCAAGGUUAUAUUGUCUUGUCUGCGUCUCAUGUUUCCUGUUUUAUUUUGAAAGUCUAUGUCCUAUGUCAGUGCAGUCAGCUUUGCUUCCUUUGUCUCAUUAUGUCAGACCAGUGUCAGCUGUUUCCCCGUGUGUUUCCACUUCCGCUAAUCAGCCUUGUGUGUAUUUAGUCUGUGUGUUUCUGUUCAUUGUUUGUCAGGUCGUCUGUUGUCCACGCCAUGUUUGCCAUCCCAUGCCUCGCCUCCAAGUUUCUUGUCUAGGUUUUUCUUAUUGUUUGUUUAGAUUUCCCAGUUUAGGUUUGUGUUGAUUUUUGCUUCAGUUUGCCUUGCCUUUUGUUUGUACCUUUUACCAGCCUCAUUAAACGGCUCGCUUUUGUUAACAUUCACGUUUUGUUCCCUGUUCCUUGGAGUCUGCAUUUUGGGUCCUUUUUUCAAUUCAUACAGUCUGCCCCCGCCAGACUGUGACAGAAUGACCUGACCAUGUUGGACCCAGCGGACAUUUAUUUCACAGACUUUUUUGAAUUCAAGAUUCGUGUUACGAUUCUUCACGGGCUUUGGAUUAUUUCCUCUGCAGGCAAGCAGGAGGAGGAGAAGGAGGCUAUUCGGGCUCAGAUGACCCGGAUAGCCACGGCUAACCCAAGGUUUUUGGACUUUUUGCCUGAGGAUUUAAAGAACUUUGUUAUUGCCUCAACUUGCUCUACCUCGCCAUUAUCACCACAGCCCUGCGGAGACGCAGGUCUUCCUUCGCCGGCUACAGGAGUAAGAGUCGGCGUGUUCAGGCUCUCGCCUGUGUCACCACAGCAGCGGACAAGUGCUGUGGUUUCCUCACCACAACCAGUGGCUGCUUCAAGCGCUACAUUCACCUCAGCCGUAGCGGCGCCAGCCUCCACAACCAUGGUUUCCAGGAGGAGGCAGCGCCCACGUCGUCACCGUGGCUUACAGCAGCAUGAGUUCAUGGGCCCAGUUAUGGAGGUUCCGCACCUGCUGGCCCUGCCUCGCCUCAGCCAGAGGUCUCCGCACCUGCUGGCCCUGCCUCGCCUCAGCCAGAGGUCUCCGCACCUGCUGGCCCUGCCUCGCCUGGUUCUGCCACGCCUCAGCCUGAGGACAAUGCCUCGCCUGGUCCUGCCACGCCUCAGCCUGAGGACAAUGCCUCGCCUGGUCCUGUCGCACCAGCUGGAGGUUCAGCCGAGCCCGUCCAGUAUCCUGCCACACCUGCUGCAGCGCCACCACCUGGUCCACCACCUGCGGCUUCCACGCCGUCGCCUGCAGUGCCAUCCACCAUAUUUAAGCUGGCUAAACGAUUUGGACUUAGUGCUUCAGAGCUGAUGGAUCAAGUUAAGUUUUGUGUUCCACAGCCACUCAUGUUUGAAUCAACUCGCCAUGCUUUCUUGCCAGUGUCUAUGGAAACUGUUCAUGUG